AUGGCUCAAAUAUCGACUGAAGAUGAUGUUUGGCCACCGUCUGCACAAGCGCAGAGCUCAACCACGUUUCGACAUACAGACAACGGUGCUUCUACCCUGUCGCUUCCACCUGCAAACAGGUCUGGUUCUGAUGAACAGCCGACGAAACCAUCCAUUCUCACUUCGGAAAUACACAGAGAGGUCAUGGGUUUACUUAUCUUGGUAGCAAAGCAAGAUGCAAGCCCGAUGCGAUCGUCCAUGGCCAAGCUGCCUUCACAUGACCGAACGGAGCUGACCGAUUCAUCAACAAUUCUCGCAAUGCAAUCUGACAUGAAUAACGACAUAUCAAGAGCGACGGCUAGCCACUCAGACGACCAGCAGACAUGGCACUUUGAUUCUUUGGGGUGGCGUCAACAAAAAGGACUGCUCCAACGAAUUAUUAGACGCCUACGAGGCUGGAACAAAGUUGUCCGGGGGGAUGAUGAAGAAGACAAUCGAUACCUCGGCAAUGAUAAAGAAACAGAGGAAAUGGCUGAAAUUUACUUUUCCACCAUUGGUAAAGUCUUGACAGAGAAAGAGGAGCAUAUAGACAGCUCACCCGACCAUGAGAAGUCAAGAAAUUCUGCGGUUGAACGAAAUGAGCCAGAAACCGAAACAAUUGGUCAAGUAAUGAAUCCCGAGCACAAGAUCAUUCUGAGGUUUGUUACUCGGCCAAAUGCUAUUCAACAAACGACAAAUAUCUCGAAUUCUUUGAACAGCCAAGAAAGAAGCAGUAAAGACAUGCCUUCAAACCUGCCUGGAAAUACUGAAGAAGAAUGCAUUUCGCAACUCGGCGAAAAUUUUGCAGCGUUCGGCAUAGCAACAACACCAGAGACCUCAUCCUACCCCAUGGCAAGAGCACUGCUUGACUUUGCACAAAUUGCAGAGAGGUCAGGGUCCAAAGCGUAUUGCCUGAAAUUGAAACCUGAACUUAAGCAAUUUCUGGACAAUUUGAAUUCCAUCAUUGGCUUAAUUGCCUCCCUACCUCACUGGCAAAUAUUUAUUAUACCAGAUCAAAAUCACUACGCAAAAGAAGCUGCUUCGUUGAUUUGCCUGAUUCUAGUAGAAGAAGCCAUGAACUGCGUGACAGAUGUUUUUCUGGAAUUUCGCAGACACAUCAAGGAUAGUCAUUCAAUGGGCCAUGUUCUGAAAGAGAUGCAUUUCUUCUGCUCUUGUCUCCGGCGACUGUCGCAAUUGGUUGCAAAGCAUGACAAAACAUUUCCCCGCUUUCAGCCCCGUUUCAGAGAAAUCCUGAGCAAAUACAGCAAUUUAAGUAGCAUCGUCUUCCGUCGUACGGUGGUGGAGGAAGCUGACUACAGUGAAACCGAAGCUGAAGACAGCCAGAUUGAAGACGAUUCAGAUGAGGACAGUCAGCUUGAAGACGAUUCAGAUGAGGACAGCCAGCUUGAAGACGAUUCAGAUGAGGACAGCCAGCUUGAAGACGGUUCGGAUGAGGACAGCCAGCUUGGAGACGAUCCAGCUGAGGACAGCCGGAUUGAAGACGAUUCAGAUGAGGACAGCUGGAUUGAAGGUUUAAAUAAUGAUUGUGUUCUGCGAUCGGAAUUCGCGGAGAAGCAUCUACGCACCACGAUUAAAUGUCUCAAAUCCCAACGUCAAUACCGCCCCCUUUCUAUUGCCUGCUAUUUGUCAACUGAUUCCAACCACUUGCAAUUAGAUUUGGCAAGAUUAGCUGACACAGAAUUCCCUGGCGGUUUCCAAGAGGUAACGGCUGGAGAUUAUUUUGAAGAGACCGAACUAGAAUUGUCCUAG